AUGUCUGACCUGCCCGGUGAAAGACUCUGGCCCGCGAUCGUCGACCACCGCGCGCGCUCAUCCCCGUCCGAGCUCGUCGGCCUCAUCCCCAAGGGCUCUGAAGUGUCCGAUGGCUACCAGGAAUUGAGCUUUGCGGGCCUCGCCCGUGCUGUUGAUGCGUGCGCUCGCUGGAUCGAAGCUCGCAUCGGCCGAGCCAAGCAGCCCGAGACCAUCGCGUAUAUGGCCACGAACGACGUGCGGUACUUGGUCUUCAUUCUGGCUUCUCACAAGACUGGCUAUCAGCCUCUUCUUCCCUCUACCCGUCUCUCGGACGACGCCUACAAGCACAUCCUCACCGUCACCAAGUGCCAGAAAUUCUUCUACACCCCUGACAAGCAGCGUCGUGUGUCGGAGAUUCAGACAGCCCAGCCUGAGACCCAACUCUUUGAAGUCCCCUCUCUGAGCGAGUUCCUCGAAUCCGAAAGUUCCCCUUACCCCUUCGAAAAGUCCUACCAAGAAGCAGAGGAUGAGGUGGCCAUUAUCAUCCACAGUUCCGGGACAACGGGCAUGCCCAAGCCCGUGCCUCUCACGCACGGCUUCCUCGCAACCAUGGACAUGGGCGCCUAUCUCUCGCGCCCUCAAGGCCGUCAGUCCUCGAUGUUUCACGAUCUCCAAGCGGGACAGCUGGUGAUGUCGACGACGCCGUUGUUCCACCUGAUGGGCCUCAUCGCCUUCACCGAAGCUCUGUUCCACGAGAUCCCAUUCGUCAUGUGUCCCGACAAGCCCCUGUCAGUGGACAUCAUUGUCGACGUGAUUCAAGCCACGCAACCCACCGCCGUCCUGCUACCGCCAUCGAUCCUGGAAGACAUGAGCCAUUCCGCCGACGCGCGCGCCGCACUCCGAACUCUGGAGGCCGUCUACUUCGCGGGCGCGCCGCUCGCCCCGGAGGCGGGCGACCUGCUCGAGCAGGACACCAAGGUCAUCACCGUGAUUGGAUCCAGCGAGAUGGGGCUCAUCAGCUCCUUUGUGCCGCAAGGCGAGAAGGUCUGGGGCUACUUCGAGUGGAACCCGGCGUACGGCGUCGAGAUGCAGCCGCAGGGGGAUGGACUGUACGAGCUGGUGAUCCGCCGGCGCGCCGACAGCCGGCGCAUCCACGGCAUCUUCCACACCUUCCCCGACCUAAACGAAUAUCACACCAACGACCUCUUUGUGCAGCACCCCGAGCGGCCAAACCUGUGGAAGUACCACGGCCGCAAGGAUGACGUCCUCGUCCUGAGCAACGGCGAGAAGCUCAACCCCGUGACGCUGGAGAAGACGGUCGAGGGCCACCCACGCGUCAAGCACGCCCUGGUGAUCGGCCAGAGCCGCUUUCAGACGGCGCUGCUGGUCGAGCCCAGCGAGCCCGUGACCGACGAGAAGGCGUUCAUCGAGGCCAUCUGGCCCACGGUGGAGCGGGCCAACGAGACGGUGCCCAAGUACGGACGGGUGUCGAAGAACAAGAUCCGGCUGGCCUCGCCCGCCAAGCCAUUCCAGGUGACUCCCAAGGGCACGACCAAGCGCCGCGCCGUCAACAGUGACUACGCGGAGGAGAUCGAGGCCAUCUACGCCGCCGCCGCCGCGGCCGAGGCGGCCGGCGUGCCCCAGCUGCCGGACACACUGGACCUGGCGCACCUGUGCGAGUACGUGCGCAGCCUCGUCGCCGAGCUCCUCGCCCGCGCCGACCUGGCGGACGACGAGGACCUCUACGCCGCCGGCUUGGACUCGCUGCAGACGAUCCAGCUGGCGCGGACGCUGCAGACGGCGGUCUCCAACCGCCUCACCGACACCCCCGUCGCAAUCAACCAGCAGCAGAUCUACGCCCACCCGAGCGUCGCCCAACUGGGCCAGUAUCUGGUCGACCUCGUGCACGGCCAAACCAGCACGACGACCAUCUCCCGCCACGAGCGCAUCGCCAACAUGAUCGAGAAAUAUGCCUCCCAACUCCCGCCCCCCAAACCACUGCCCACCUCUCUCCCCGACAAAUCCACCGUCAUCCUGACCGGCUCGACCGGCUCCCUAGGCACCUACCUCCUCCACCGGCUGCUGACCUCCCCCACGGUCGCGAAGGUCUACUGCUUCAACCGCAGCGCGACGGCCGCGGAACGCCAACGCGAGAGCUUCACCACCAAAGGUCUAGACGCGGGCCUCCUCUCCGACACCAACCGCGUGGAAUUCCUAACCGUCGCCUUCGGCGCGGCGCACUUCGGCCUCCCCGACACGACCUACACCUCCCUCCUGGAGUCCGUGGACCUGAUCAUCCACAACGCGUGGAAGGUCAACUUCAACCACCCACUGGAGUCGUUCGAGGACCCGCACCUGCGGGGCGUGCUGGAGUUCCUGCGAUUCAGCCACGCCAGCGCGCACCGUGCGCACGUGGCGUUCGUGUCCAGCGUGAGCACGAUCGGGAGCUGGAGGGCGGAGAUGGGCCGGGUGGUGCCCGAGGCUCCCGUCGAGGACGUGCGCGCGGUGCUGGAGCAGGGCUACGGGGAGUCGAAGUUCGUCAGCGAGCGGCUGUGCUGGGCGGCGGCGCAGCGCUCGGGGAUCCCGACGACGGUGCUCCGCGUGGGCCAGAUCGGGGGGCCGACCACCCGGCAGGGGAAGUGGAAUGUGGACGAGUGGGUGCCCAACCUGGUCAAGACGAGCGUGGCCAUGGGCAAGGUGCCCAAGGAUCUGGGCGGGUAUGCCGUCGAUUGGGUGCCGGUGGACACCCUCGCCACCAUCACCACAGAGCUCACGCACACCCGCCGCGGCGAACAAUCCCACACCCCCCACCGCGUCUACCACCUCGUCAACCCGACCAAGACCGCCUGGGCCGACCUCGUGCCCGCCAUCCAGGCCAAAUACCCCCACGUGCAGGCGGUGGGCUUCGACGCCUGGCUCCAGGAGCUGGAGGGCAUCCCCUCGCCCAGCGAGGAGGAGGUCCGCGCGAAGCCGGCGCUGAAGCUGCUGGAUUUCUACCGCGGGCUGAGUGGGAGCGUGCUGUCGGCGGAGAUUGCGGUGGAGCGGACGAGGCAGGGGAGUGAGACGAUGGCGAGGUUGGGGGGUGUGACGGGGGAGUUGAUGGGGAAUUGGUUGGAGCAGUGGGGGUUUUGA